AGUCUCGACAUAUUCUUGUGCAACAUGGCGGCCUCCUUGAAGCGCAGUGCACAAGACACAAGCAGAGUUGAUGCUCAAGCAAAGAAAAGUAUUCAAGAUGUCAGCGCUAAAAAGCUUGACAGAUUUCUUAAAUGGUGUACUGAUCACGAUUUGUCAAUGUCUUCAAAGGUGAGCAUCAGGUGGGGAAGCUGUGUGAAAGCACAGUAUGGGAUGGUGGCCUUGCAGAAUAUCACAGAGGGAGAAGUUCUUUUCUCAGUGCCUCGCUCACUUUUGUUGUCCCCACAAACAUCCUCCAUCGCCCACCUUCUCCAGCAAGGACAGCAAGAGUUAGAAAGUCGAAGUGGCUGGGUUGCUCUUCUAGUGGCCCUGCUGUAUGAAUACAACAAUCCAUCGUCAUUGUGGAGACCAUAUCUAGACCUAGUGCCAGACUUCUCACAGCUUGACCUUCCCAUGUUCUGGAGCAGGGAAGAACAUAGCAACCUGCUAAAAGGUACAGGUAUCACAGAAGCAGUAGACCGUGAUCUUCAGUUUAUGGAGAAAGAGUUUAACCACAUAGCUUUGCCAUUUAUGUGCAAACAUCACAAUGUUUUUGGAUCCUCUUGUCAAAGUUUUGACCUGUACAAGAAGAUGGUUGCAUUUGUGAUGGCUUAUAGCUUCACUGAGCCCAUCUCAAAAAAUUCACGUGUAGACCAGAACCAUUCAAGAACUGAAGAAAAAUCUCACCUUGAAGAUGUUGACCCCGAGGACUUGGAAAAUACUCCACCAAUGAUGGUUCCCAUGGCAGACAUCUUGAACCAUGUAGCCAGAAAUAAUGCACGCCUGACUUUCGACACUGAUGCACUUCGUAUGAUCAGUGUGUGCGAUAUCAAAGAGGGAGAGGAAGUAUUCAACACAUAUGGAGAGCUGGCAAACUGGCACCUGCUUCACAUGUAUGGCUUUGCAGAGUGUUUCCCCAACAACCACUAUGACACAGUAGAUAUUCCCAUGACUGUUGUGCAGAAAGUGGCUGAGGAAAAUGGGGAUGCACCACAGUUGACAGCUGCUAAACUUGUUUACUUGCAAGAGCAUGACCUGCUGAGCACAGAGGGAGCAUGUGUUCUGGGCAUGGAGGGCGUACUGACUGAUGAUGAUAUGCUUGCUAUUGUCAAGGUUCUGGCCAUGUCUGAAGAGGAGUUUGCAGAGCAUGCUGAGAAGGAAGGAUGGAGUGAUGCAGACAGCAGUACCAGUGAAGACAGCUCACUUACAUAUGACAAAAUCUCCCAGUUGCCAGACAAAUGGAAGCAGAUAAUGAAGAGAUGUGCCAUCCACUGCCUGUCACAACUUGGAGGAGAUGAUCUAGAUGUGGUUUCCAUGGCAACACAACCCAGUAAUUUGACCUCACGCCAGCGCUAUUCUCUGUAUGUGCGCUACGGUCAGAAGCAGCUUCUCAAUAAACUGAUUGAGGCCUGCAGCUAAUAAUCAAGGAGACAACUGAUGUGGUUGAUAGAUGGGUCUACAUAUAUUUGUGAUUGUCUAUGAUGAUUUCAGACUUUCCGUGUGUUUUGGAAGAAAUAAAAUGAUCUUAGAUGUC